AUGAUCCGCGUCGCCGUAUGGCCGCCCGCUCGCGGCGUGGGCGGCCGUCGCGCGUCGCCGGCCAUGUUGCAGGGGGCGUUGCAGAUCCAGCCGCUGAUGGGCCCCCUGGAGGGCGGCACGCUGGUCACCAUCGAGGGCAGCAACCUGGGCCUGCGCGAGGAGGACGUGCGCGACAACGUGUUCAUCGGCGACGUGCCGUGCCGCGUGCACGAGUACCACGUGUCCGUGCGGAUCACGUGCGUGACGGGGCCGGCGCCGCUGCGCCACGGCUCGCCCGACGCGGCCGACCUGCAGUUCCCCGUCAGGGUGACCACGCCCGCGGGCACCACGCAGUCCACGGUCAAGUUCACCUACACGAACGUGAGCGUGACGGGCGUGUGGCCGCCGCGGGGCCCCCUGUCGGGCGGCACCGUGCUCUCCGUCAGCGGCAGGUUCCUCAACGUGGGCUCGCACGUGGCGGCCACGCUGGACGACCUCCCGUGCGUCGUCAACAAGACGCAGUCGUCGUCGCACCGCCUCGUGUGCAUCACGUCGCGGGCGGCGGGCGCGCACGAGGGCGGCGGCGAGGCGGCGCGGGCGGUGCGGACGCUGGUGGUGACGGUGGACGGCGCGCGGCGCACCCUCGCGGCGCCCUACACGUACACGCCCGACCCGCAGGUGUUCGAGCUGAAGCCCCUGCGCAGCCCCUGGGGCGGCGGCCGCCUCGUGACGGUGCACGGCUCCAACCUGGACGCCAUCCAGGCGCCGCGCAUCACCGUCAACCUCUUCGAGAAGGUCCUGAACUCGUCGGCGUGCCGCGUGCUCAGCCCCGGCCAGAUGGAGUGCCCGUCGCCGCCGCUGGACCGCGACGCCGUGCUGGCCAUCCUGGAGGCCCACGACUCGCUCCGACGCAGGCGCCGCAGCCGCAGCCGCAGGUCGCACAAGGCGCAGCGGUCGCCGCGGCGGCGCGACCACGACGGCGACGAGGUGGGCGUGGACGUGGGCUUCGUGAUGGACGGCGUGCUGUCGGUGCUGCACCUGCGGAAGCACUUCCCGGGCGUGCGCUCGCGCCUCGUGUACCUGGCCGACCCCCUCUACUACACCUUCUCGCACGGCGUCAAGCUCUACAAGGGCGACACGCUCGUGGUCGAGGGCGAGCACAUCAACGACGCGGCCGACGAGAGCGACGUCCGCGUCACCAUCGGCAGCGCCGUCUGCAACGUCACGUCCCUGGCCGCCACGCAGCUGGUGUGCACGCCCCCCGAGGACCAGCCGGCGCCCACGGACGAGCGCGGCGUGUCCACGCCGAGGCUGCCGCUCGUGGUGGUGCACGUGGGCCAGUACCUGCGCUACCCGCUGGGCGUCCUGCGCUACGAGCGGCACCGGCGCUUCCCGCUCACGCCCGAGGGCAUCGCGGGGCUGGCCGGCGGCGCGCUGUUCCUCGUGCUGGCGUCCUUCGUGGUGCUGGCCGUGUACCGGCGCAAGUCCUCGCAGGCGGAGCGCGUCUACAAGCUCAUGCAGCUGCAGAUGGACAGCCUCGAGAGCCACGUGCGCACCGAGUGCAAGCAAGCCUUCGCCGAGCUACAGACCGACAUGACCGACCUCACCGCCGACCUGGAGUCUUCGGGGAUCCCGACAUUGGACCACCGCGCCUACGUCAUGAAGGUCUUCUUCCCCGGCGUCGUCGACCACCCCAUCCUCGCUGACCCCAAGGUACGUCGGGCGCGCGCGCACGGCCCCCGCACCAACUACGACGUGGCCAUGCUGCAGUUCGAACAGCUGAUCGGCAACAAGCACUUUCUCCUGUCCUUCAUCGACACCCUGGAGUCUCAGAAGUCCUUCAACAUCAGAGACAAGGUGAACGUGCGUCCCUGGGUGACGAUGCUCCUGAUGGGCCGCAUGGAGUACCUGACGGAGGUGUUGCGGUGGCUGAUGCUGCGGCUGUGUCAGCGGGCUGCGGCCACCAAGCACCCGCAGCUGAUGCUCCGCCGGACAGAGGCGUCGAGCAAGAUGCUCACCAACUGGCUGGCGCUCUGCAUGUACGGCUAUCUGAAGGACGACGCCGGCACCGCCCUGUUCCUGCUGUACAAGGCCAUCAAGCACCAGGUGGAGAAGGGCCCCGUGGACGCCCUCUCCCACGACGCCCGCUACUCUCUCUCGGAGGAACGCCUCCUCAGGGAGCAGGUCGACUUCAGCCCUGUGAACAUCCACCUGCUUCAUGAUGAUCCUCACUAUGAAAAAAUUCCCUACCAGACCACCUACAGUACGCUGGCCAUGUACGCCGAGGAGUACGAGGAGAAGGUGCAGGUCAAGGUCCUCGACUGCGACACCAUCACGCAGGUCAAGUCCAAGAUCCUGGACGCCCUCUACCGCAACACGCCGCAGUCCCUCCGACCGUCCGUCCACGAGGUCGACCUUGAAUGGCGACACGGGCGGCCGCGGGUCACCCUCAGCGACGAGGACCGCACCACGCUGACGGGCGCGGCCGGGUGGCGCCGAGUCAACCACCCUCGCCACUACGGCGUCAGGGACUCAGCUGUCAUGGCGCUGAUCCCCGGCAGAACGACUCCUUCUCGUCCAACUGUGAGCACAGGCUACUACUCAUACGCUAACAGUGUGUCACCCUUGAACUCUCCUGUAGUCGAGGGUGGCGUCGGCGGCGACGGCGGCAGCGGCACCAUGGGGCGCGGCGGCGGCGGCGGCGGCCCCGGCGUGCAGUUCUACCACCUGGUGCGCACGCCGGAGGACUCGGCCUCGGGCACCCUGGGGUCGUCGCGGGACGGGCGCGACCGCACCUACGGCACCCACAAGGCCAUCCCGGAGAUCUUCCUGACGCGGCUGCUGUCCACCAAGGGCACCGUGCAGCAGUUCGUGGACGACUUCUUCCGGACCAUCCUGAGCGCCAACGACGGCCUCCCGCCGGCCGUCAAGUGGCUCUUCGACCUGCUGGACGACGCCUCGCGCGCCCACGGCAUCACCGACCCCGAGGUCAUCCACGCCUGGAAGUCCAACUGCCUCCCGCUGCGCUUCUGGGUCAACUUCAUCAAGAACCCCGACUUCAUCUUCGACAUCGCCAAGACGCCCACGGUCGACUCGUGCCUCUCGGUCAUCGCGCAGACCUUCAUCGACGCCUGCUCGACGGCCGAGCACCGCCUGGGCAAGGACUCGCCCUCCAACAAGCUGCUCUUCGCCAAGGACAUCCCGCGGUACCGGGCGCAGGUGAAGAGCUUCUACAGCGACGUGUCGAGCGCGCAGCCGGUGAGCGAGCAGGAGCUGGGCCAGCACAUGCAGCAGCUCUCGGCCGCCCACCAGGGCCACUUCGACAACCUGGCCGCCCUCAAGGAGCUCUACAUCUACGUCACCAAGUACCACGAGCUGAUCCUGGAGUCGCUGGACGCGGACCCGUACUGCCGCAAGCUGAGCCUGGCGCACCGCCUGCAGUCCAUCGGCUACAUCCUGGAGUCGUACAGCCACGCGGGGCCGGUGGCGCCCAUGCCGCCCCUGCAGCUGGCGGGGCAACUCUCCGAGCUGUGAACGCCCACACCAUGACGCCGCCCGCGGUCUCUCCUCCAGGGACGCCCACCAGUGAACGCCCUCGCGACGCGCGCCCGACGGCAGACACUCUCCGUGGACACGAACCCUUUUUAUAGCAAAGACUUGGAAGCAGCUUCCGCGGGCCCGCGCGGGCGCCGCCGCCGCCCCCCCUAGUGCAAUAAGACGGCCCGCGCGGCUGCUUCGGACUCCCUGUGUUGUGUGGCGACAUGCAAAUGCAAUUUGUAUUGGAAUUUUUAAUUAUUUUUGACGAACGGUUUUGUUGUUUGAUGAAGAGGAAACCCCUUUUUCCAUGCAAGCGAUGGAAGCCUCCUUUUUUACGACGGUGAUCACUGUACAUAGUUGAGACAAUCCGAGGGCGGGCGCCGCGCCGCCCGCGAGAGACCCUCUGCCCGCACGGCAAGCUGAAUGUGAUACUUGGGAUUUCAUAUUUAUGUGUUAGUCGCUGUGUUCUAGUGCUAGUGCCUAAGGAUACAAUGUUCCUUGUUUUUCAUUGAAGUGCUUAUCAGUCACUCCUCACGUGCAAACAGCCUUGGGCGCCGCCGGGCUCGUCCGGGCGGCGCCGAACGAGCGGAAAUCUGGUCUGCUGCGGAUGAGCGAAAACACUCGUGAAUAUUUCUUUUCUUUCUGUUUGUACAUACACACUUGUCUUUCUCUCUCUCUCUCUCUCUCUCUUUCUUUUUAUAUAAGCUCCUUAACAAGAUGGGGAUUAAUAGUAAUGGAAGCGUAAGAGUGGAUGUUUGUAGUUUUUUUUUUUUUUUUUUUGCUCUACACAGCCGUAAGCAAUGUAAGGAAACAAUACAUUUAGUGAGUUUAUGCAUUUUAUACUACUUUUUACAGUUGCUUUUAAUUUUUGUUUUGUCUUUCGAGGGGGGGGGGGAAGAAGUGAAGAUGAAGAAGAGCAAAAGAGAAGCGAUCUCUUGAACACAUGCCUCGUCUUUAUAUAUGAAGCUUGGUGCUAAAAAAAAAAAAAAAAAAAAAAAAA